AUGCCCCAGAUCGACUGGAACGAUCACUUCUCCCACGCUCCUGAUGGUCACUACACCAAAAGGGAGCUGGAGAUCGGAGGGUCGCGGUGUCGACGUGUGGCACUGAUCGACUCUGGGUGCACUCGGACCCUAGUGCACGAGUCGGUGUGCCACCAGUGGCGGAGGAGCGCGGCAGAGGUGAUCACAGUGAACGGCCAGCGGCUGCAGUGCGAGGGCGCCGCUGAAGUUCGGCUCGCGGUGCCGGGCUGCCGCGCAGUGGAGUUCGGAUGCGAGUUAUUCGGCUCGAGCGUGAGUGAUGUGCAGUUCGGACGUCGGUCGGUGGCGUGUGCUGCCACAGGCGAGGAGACGGGAUUGAGAAUCGAGAAGGAAGACUUUGUGGUGACGUUCGACCCGACCCGGCGGCGGUGGGUGAUGUCGUGGAAGUGGGCUGGCGGCAGAGCGCCGGGUGAGCUGGGCGGCGCGGUGGACGAGUAUCCGGUGCCGGAGGAGGCACGCACCGAGUACGAAGCUGAGCUGGAGAACUGGAUCAGAGACGGCUGGCUAAGUGAAUAUGACGAGGAAGAGCUGGGUCCGGCCAUGGGCUCGAUACCGCUGAUGGCGGUCAUGCAGCGGACAAAAGUGAGGCCUGUGAUGGACUUUCGAUCUCUGAACAAGCACGUGCCAGCCUUCACUGGUGACGCGGAUGUUUGUGCAGAGCGGCUACGCCGGUGGCGCCAGAUGGGAGCGUCCGUGGCGCUCCUGGACCUGAAAAAGGCUUUCCUUCAAGUUCACGUCGAGAAGGCCCUCUGGCCAUACCAGACUGUCUGGUUCAGGGGCAGGAGAUACGCGCUGACCAGGAUGGGGUUCGGCAUCAGCGUCGCCUCGUCGGUGAUGCAGGCGGUGCUGGACUUGACCGUGGCUCAGGACCCGCGGGUUGCGGCGGCCGUCUCCACCUACGUGGACGACAUCCUGGUAAACGAGGACAAACUGCCUGCCACCCAGGUCGCCGAACACCUCCAAAUCUACGGGCUGGAGAGCAAAGCUCCACAGCGAGCGAGCGACGGCACCCGCAUCCUCGGGCUGAGAGUCUGGGGAGAGCCCGAUGGAGACUUGCGGUGGGGCCGAGACAACGAUGUCAAGAACGUGCCGAAGCCGCUGACGAAGCGCAAGGUGUUUUCCAUCUGCGGGCAGCUGACAAGCCAUUACCCGGUGUGUGGCUGGCUCCGCCCGGCCGCGUCAUUCGUCAAACGACUGGCGAAUGAAACGGCGAGCCGCUGGGAUGACCCCAUCGAAGGGGGUCUCGUGCCGCAGCUGGUUGAGGAGCUGGUGGCCAGCGUGAACGCCGCCGACCCAGCCAGGGGGCGCUGGAACGUGAGCGGCGACACAAUGACAAUAUACACCGACGCGAGCUCACUGGCACUCGGUGUGACUGUCGAGGUGGACGGUGAGACGGUGGAAGACGCCAGCUGGCUGCACCGGGCAGACGACGCGGCUCACAUUAAUCUCGCCGAACUGGACGCGGUUCUAAAGGGCGUCAACUUGGCCCUUCAGUGGCGAGUCACUGAUAUGGACAUUGUCACAGACUCGCGCACAGUGUGGCAGUGGGUGUCAGACGCGCUCAGUGGCAGGGCGCGUCUCAGGUCCAAGGCGGCGUCAGAAAUGCUCAUCAGAAGACGGCUAUCAACUCUCAAAGCCUUGAAGGAUGAGUACGGCCUGAGCAUUCGCAUCAGGUGUGUGCCCUCAGCAGCCAACAAAGCCGACGCACUGACCCGGGUGCCUGGGAAGUGGCUGCGCGAGCGAGACGCUGCAGGGUCGCUCCCCGAUGUGACCGCGGCGCGCAGUAUCGCAGCCGCCGUGUCGGCGGACCCGGCCACCGGCGGCCGGCGACAGCUGGCCGGCAGCGCGGCAGACAGAAAUCUUCCCGGCUCUGCCAGCGCCGAGUGA